AUGAGAGCUGUACGAUUCCAUGGACGAGGCGAUAUCCGUGUUGACGAAGUAGAAGAGCCGAUUUGUGGUGAAGGCCAGGUCAAGGCAAGCUUAGCAUUACUAGUAGCUUUCGUAAUGUUACCUCCUGCAGAGUCUCUAACGGUCCUUGAUGUCAACAGAUUCGACCUGCCUUUGUUGGAAUAUGUGGCAGUGUAUCUUGCUGGCCCAUCGCUUAUCCCUACCACCCCGCAUCCAUUGACCGGCGAAAAGUUGCCGACCACUCUGGGACAUGAGUUUAGUGGCACAGUCGAACAGGUCGGCUCAGGCGUUACAGGUUUGAAGGCUGGGGAUCGGGUUGCGGUCAUCCCUAACCAAUUUGACGACACGUGUCCGAGCUGUUCCAUAGGCAGGUUCAAUAUCUGCGAGAACUUGGGAUUUAUCGGGUUCAGCAAAGGCCAGGCAGGUGGUUUAUCGGACCACAUAGUCGUGGACAGCAAACAUGCGAUUCUGUUACCCGACUCCAUCCCCCUCGAUAUUGGUGCCCUGGUGGAACCUCUUGCCGUCGCAUGGCACGCCGUAAGCCGCUGUACCUUGCAGACAAAUGAUACAGCACUGGUUGUUGGUGCUGGACCAAUCGGUCUGGCCAUUGUCCAGGUACUAAAAGCGAAAGGUAUUACAUCGAUUAUUGCUGUGGAAGUUUCUGAGCGACGACGCGAAUUCGCCCUGGCCCAGGGCGCCACCGAAGUCCUUAAUCCCCUUGAAGUAGAUGCGGUUGCGCAGGUACGCGCCUUGACAGGGAACGUGGGUGCAGCUGUUGCAUUCGAGUGCUCUGGGGUUCAGGCUGGACUCGAUACUGCGAUGGCUGGACUUCGUGUACGCGGGACAACGGUCAUCGUUUCCUUGUGGGAACAGAAGCCUAUUCUCGAUCCUCUUACUGUUGUGCUUCAGGAAAAGCAUAUAAUAGGGGCUUUUGUUUAUGAUAUUGGGGACUUUGAGGCUGUGAUUGACGCCAUUGCUUCCGGUACUCUCCAGCCUCGCCCGAUGAUAACUAGUAAGAUCCGAAUGGAGGACGUGGAUGAGAAGGGAUUCAAAGCUCUCAUCGAGGGGAGAGAUAAACAUGUAAAGAUCCUGGUUGAUAUUUCUGCCUGA